UUCAUAACACAAUAGCACAACUCAUAGCACAACAACAAACUUUCAUAUAUUUUUAUAAGCACAUAAAUUAGCUGCUAAAAUGGCUAAAAUGGAGACUAAGCAGUACUCGGAGGAUAGGCAAAAUUUUGUAGCCACACGCAUGAGCUUGCCGCUGUUUAUGAUUUCACGCAAUCGUCUGCGCGAGGAUCAUUUGGAUGGCGUGCAAAAGCAAUUCAAGCUAGCUGGCCAGCAUUACAAUGCCAAUUGCCAUAAAGAGAAUCGCGGCGAGGACUUUAGCGCAGCAACCUACGCGCACUAUAAGCAUAUUACAGGUUUCAACAAGGCGCCCUCAGCGCCCUAUCCACAGCCACGUCCUUUGAAAUGUGAUCGCUCCAUGACCACCUGGCGCUCCUAUCAACAGGCGCCGAAUCGCUAUGGGGUGCUGCCGGUGCCGUAUUUGAGUCGCCAGGGCACCAAGGGCACGCUGUUUGCCAAAAUGCAUACGAACAAGAGUUUGGUCAGCAUCAAGAUGCCGGGCUCCAAGUUCUAUGAGCUGCCAGCGGAAAUCGAGCGCUUCUUCAAGCCGGAGAACAAGCAAAAGGGCAUCUUUUUGUCAAAUGCACGCGAUCGUCGUCCGACUACGCGCAUAAUGAUAACCGAUCAGACCAGUUGCUAUCGCAAUCCAGCGGAGCCCGGACCCUGCGAUACGCAUACGGCAGCCCAUGAGAUGUGCUACAACAUGGCGCCCGUAACCGAAAGUGAGCCAGAGAAUCCGCAUUUGUUUCUGCGUCACUCGUGCGUGCCGGACAAGAUUAGCCGCUUGCUGCGGCGACACAUAAGCUUUGAGCCCGGACCGGGACGCUACGAUGUGCGUUUUCCCAAUGUGUGCGCCUGCGAGCGUGGGCGCCAGACAAUGCCACGCCUACAAAUGCUAAUUGAGCAGCAGAAGAGACUCAAGUUUCGACGCUUGCCCUACAAGCGCAUCAAUGCCAAGCGCUACUGCGAGCCCGACUGGCGACAUGUGGAGGGCUAUGGACAUCGCCAUGUGUUCAUAAUGGGCAAACACGAUUUGCCCAAGCCGCGUGCCAAGAAAAUAGUCAAAGCUAAGAAGGGCGAAAAGUCGGAGAAGCAGCUGAAGCUAUUCGCCGAGGGCAAGUACAUCAAUAUGCUGUCCAAUCCCAAGCGCUAUCCCAUGUCGACGCGCGACUAUGCGCUGGCGCCUUACGAGCCGCGCAUUGUCUACAACUGCAUAGCGAAGCGCAUUGUGCGCAAGCAGCUGCGCAAUAAUAAGAAGAUCGCAUUCAUGAGCGGCCAGGAGCGCUGGAAGGACGGCGUGCGUCCCUUGCAGUUGACAGCCAGACAGCUGGAGGAAAUCAAGGCACGCCUGCCGGACGACCGGCGCCUAACCGAUCGCCCGCUCGAGCUGCGCGCUUCCAAGAUUGUCAGCCAGCUGCAUCAUGUGCCCGAGCACAUGCGUGUGAGCUACAUGCCGCAGCUGCGCAAGCGUCUGUUCAAGUUUCUGCCUGUGCCUACGGCGCGCGUCUUGGUCACUGACAGCGACAUACGCCCAGAUGUGAGCUUCGAUCCGGAACAUCCCACCGGACUGUAUAAUGUGAAGAUAGAGGAGGAGAGUUUCUAUCGCGAUUCGGUGCUGGAAGACAUGGAAAAGGGCGCGCGUCAGCAGGAGCAGGACACUACGCAUUCGCCCAGUGUGGUCAGCAUUGCGCCAUCGAUUGGCUCCAGACGCAGCAAUCUCAGCCGGCACAGCUCGUCCGUGCGCAACAGUCGCAUAUCGGUGACUGUGCUCAAUCCCAGCGAGCAGCGUGCGCGUGAAAUCAAAUCUGUAGUUGCCGCUGAGGUGGCUAAGGAGCAGGCAGCUACAGUUGCUGCUGAGGUGGCCGCCAACUAAAUUCAACAAUUAAAAAAUUAUUCAGAUUCUGUGGCACGUUGCAGCAGCAGCAGCAGCAGCAGCAGCAGUUGA